CCCCCCCCCCCCGGCCGCUGGCUGAGGGAAAAGGAAGAUGGCGGCGGCGGCAGCGGAGGCGCCCGCCUUGGAAGCCACUCCGGCCGCCGCGGCGGGGACGGCGGCUCCGGGGACCGCGCGGAGGGCGGCGGCUCAGCGGCCGCGGGCGGAGAAGUAGGCGGCCUCGCCGUCCCGGGCGCAAGCGACCGAGGAGCGCCGUCCCACGCCUGACGAUGCUGUCGGCCUUGAAGAAGCUGGUGGGCUCCGAGCAGGCCCCGGGGCGGGACAAGCCCAUCCCGGCGGGGCUCCAGUCCAUGAACCAGGCGCUGCAGCGACGCUUCGCCAAGGGCGUCCAGUAUAACAUGAAAAUUGUCAUUCGAGGUGACAGGAACACAGGAAAGACCACUUUGUGGCAUCGGCUGCAGGGAAAGAAAUUUGUUGAGGAAUAUAUCCCAACCCAGGAGAUCCAAGUCACCAGCAUCCAUUGGAACUAUAAGACUACUGAUGAUAUUGUGAAGGUUGAAGUCUGGGAUGUGGUUGAUAAAGGCAAGUCCAAAAAACGGGGAGAUGGGUUGAAACUGGACAACGAUCCUCAGGAGGCAGAAUCCGAGAUGGCCUUGGAUGCGGAAUUCCUGGAUGUAUAUAAGAAUUGCAACGGUGUCGUGAUGAUGUUUGAUAUCACCAAACAGUGGACUUUCAACUACAUCCUGAGAGAACUUCCAAAAGUCCCAACCCAUGUACCCGUCUGCGUGCUUGGGAACUACCGAGAUAUGGGCGAACACCGGGUGAUCCUGCCUGACGAUGUGCGGGAAUUCAUUGACAACCUGAACAGGCCUCCUGGCUCCUCCUACUUUCGUUAUGCCGAGUCUUCCAUGAAGAACAGCUUUGGCCUCAAAUACCUGCACAAGUUCUUCAACAUCCCCUUCUUGCAGCUGCAGCGAGAGACUCUGCUGCGGCAGCUGGAAACCAAUCAGCUGGAUAUUGACGCCACCCUGGAGGAACUCUCCGUGCAGCAGGAGACCGAAGACCAGAACUAUGAGCUGUUCCUCGAAAUGAUGGAAGCUCGUGGCCGGGGACAUGCCUCUCCUUUAGCCACCAAUGGGCAGAGCCUUUCCUCAGGUUCCCAGUCUCCGGUGGUUCCACCGGGCAAUGCUUCGGAGGGCUCCAGCCCCGGCACCCCCCAGCAGAGCUUGGCCAACCCCGCCCUUGCCACGGACCCCGCUGAUCCUCCAGCACCAGGACUGCCGCCGGAAACCCAGCCAUCCGCAGCCAUUCCUGCACCAGCUGCACCGCAGAAACGUGGUAUCAUCGCUCGGCUCUUUGGGACCUCCGCAGCUCCCGAGACUGGUGCUCCCUCUCCAGAUCCUGCCCUUCCUGCCCUUCCUGCAGUUGCUCCCUUGAAAGUCCAGAGCGUAGAAGACUUUGUCCCCGAGGAGAGCCUGGACCACAGCUUCCUGGAAGACCCCACCCUGCAGAGAGACAAGGGGGGGAAACAGGCAGGAAAGGCUCCCACCGACAGUGACAGUGACAGAGAUGCUCCUGGUGGGAACCCCUUGGUUGCUGGCUUCCAGGAUGACCUGGACCUGGACGAGCGUCUCUUCAGCAAGCCCCCGUUAGCAGCAGAGCUGGUCCCAAGCCAAAACGUGAACCUGUCGAGCGAGGAAGAAGAACCCUCCAAGUUCUCUGGAGGGGGGGCUGAGGAUGCUGCCUUAGAACAAGAAAGAAAACGAGCUUCCAAAAAGUCCUUGAGACUCCCAGAGCCCUUGGCACCCUCCACAUCCACAGAGCUGAAAUCUCCCUCCGGCCAACCCCCCCUUGAGCAGAGCAAGAGAGCAAUGGCAGCCGGGGACCCUGAGGCCCGUCCGCCCCCAGCGCCCUCUGCCCCCAAGCAGCAGGAGUCCGAGAGCGACUCGGAGGGGCCCUUUGCCACGCAGAUGCUCUCCUUUGUGAUGGACGAUCCAGACUUUGAAAGCGAGGAGUCCGAAAGCCAGAGCAAGCGCCCAGAGGAGUUUCCAGUGCGAGAGGAUCUCUCGGACCUCUCCGAGGAGGAUCCCCCUUCCAGACCUCCCCAGCUGCCCAAGCCCGUCACCCGCUCCUUCCGAGUGAAGAAUGAGGCCGAUCUCUUUGGGCUGGGGCUGCAGAAACCCGUGGGCCGGGACAGCAGUGAGGAAGCCGCAGAGAAAGAGAAGCAGUCCUUGAAGGAGAAGAAGAAGAAGAAGAAGAGGACCAGCAAAGAGGAAGAAGCGGAGAAGGUUUCCGGGAGGAGAAAAAGCCGGCCGAAAAAGAGCGAGGAGGAGGAGGAGAGGGGAGAGAAGGAGAAGAGAAAGCCCUCCAAGCAGCAGCGGGGCAAAGCCAAGCCCAACGGGAUCAAUGAGCUGGAGGCCUUCCUGGGGGGCAGUGCUGGGGCCAGCAAGCAGCGGGGGGUUGGAGACUAUGAGGAGCUGUAGCCCCUCCCUAGCCAGGUGCAGGGGGCAGCCGGCCCCAGCCCACCGUCACCGCCCCUCCCUGCCUUUCUCUGCUGCCCGGAGCCAGAGGGGCCGGAGCCAGAGGAGGGGCCUGCGAGGGGGUCAGAAGCCCCCGGCCUCUCUGUCCUUUCAGCUGGGGCUCCUGAGAGGGGGGGGGCUGCCCACGGAGGCCGCAUCGUGUCCCACUCAAAGUGGCCGCUGCCCAUCGGACGAUGGAUCCGUGCUAAUGUUCUUUUUGACGAGAGAAAGGGCUCUGGACCAAUGGCUCCCCUUAGAGCUUGGGAAGUUGCAGGGUCCCAGCCAGGUGUGUGUGGAGUGGGGCAGAGGCCUUCCAUGGGGUGGGGGUGGGGGGGUGUUGCAAUGAUGUAGUUUUAUUCUGGCAAUUUGGGGGAGAGAAAGGCAGACAUAGGUGCCCCCUCCUCCUUCCCGCCCGUUUCUCAGUUGCCCCAUUUUGUGCACCCUGGAAGCCCCUGGGAAGGAGGCCAGCCCCCACAGGUGGAGGGGUGUGUGUGCUGUCCACCCCUUUCCUGGCUCCUCCUUUAGUGGGCUCCCCCACACACACACUUUCCGGAUCCCUGUCUCCCAAUCACUGCUGCAUGUCUUUGCCCUGAAAUCCAGCCAGCUCUUGGGAAUGGCUGCCCCCACUCCUGUUUUCUGUCCCCCCUCCCCCCCCCCGCCCUCUCUUGUUCCUUCACUCGCCUGGCUCUUUGCCCCCAGUGACCUCAGAGAAAAGCGGCUGCAGAUUCCGGUGCAUUCCGUUGUGCCCUUGUUUCUAGGUGUGGAUUGAAAUUGGGCAGUUUCGACAUUCCUCCCCUCUGCGUCACCCCCCUCCCUUGGGGGAAAUGGACUGGUCUCCCUUGGCCUCCAGCAGCCUGCAUGGCACAGGGGGUGCCCUCAGGGCCUCUGGCCUCCCUCCCUGCGCUCUCUUGGGGGGGGGAGGGUGUGCAUGACUAACCCACUCUUGCCCCCUUGCCCCCCCCAAGACUCCCAGACCCCUCCCCCCCUUCCCCCAUGAACACUCCCCCCCCCACUCCAGGAGCCUCUUCUCUGCAAUGCAACUGGCAACUGAGCCUUGUGCUGUUCACUCCCCUUUUCUUUAUUCCCUUCUUCACUUUGCUUUUGGGAAAAGGUCCCAGUGAUGCACUCCUCAUUCCAGCUGAUAAAGCUCUCGGUUGUACAA